CACUGCUAGUUUAUUCAAUUGCCUAUGAGAUAUUCGGAAAACUUGCGUUAGGCUUUGAGACAAAUCUUAUACAUUUCCUAGAAAGUACAUGAUUCAAAUUCAUAAUCCGAUUUGCUAAUUUCUAAUUUUUCUUUUUUUGUAUUGUGAAAAAAGUAACUAUUUUUUCUAAUUCAUGGUAGGCUACAUAAUCAAUGCAAUGCGAUUGCUUUUCGAUGUUAUGCUCAACACGCACACAGUCUAGGAUACCAUAGGCUACCUCAUUAGAAUGUGCCCAGGACUGUUGCCAAGGACCACACCCAUUCCUGUAGAGCUCUGGUUCUGGGUCUCUGGGGGAUGUGUCUGUGCUGUAAGGGACACAGGUGCCAUUAGGGAGAAAGCAGAGGAUAGGGUGUGAGGAAAGAAAAGGAAAUCAAGUAAACAGGUGAUGUAGCUAAUCAUAGAAAAAUAUAUAUAUGUUGUCCCUUAUAAUGCACAAUUAACAAUGUGACUACUUUGCAUUAGUUAAUGUUCUGAUGUCAGGAAUUGGAUGUUAAUACAGUAGCAUUGCUUUAACAGUGCUUGAUAACGUUCAGUUUUCUACAUGAUGUAUUGCCUUUCUGUAGCGGGUGUAGGCUGCCAGUGCUGUGACUGCUCCAGGGUGUUGGUCAGUGGAGCUGCAGACUACUGGUCCGUGGGUGUCUGUCUGGCCUGUGUCUGUCUGUCUGUCUGUCUGAGUGAGCAGGACAGGAGGAGCCAUGGCUAACAGGGGACCCAGCUACGGGCUGAGCAAGGAGGUGCAGGAGAAGAUAGAGCUGAAGUAUGAUCUGGAGCUGGAGGCCCGGCUGCUGGACUGGAUCGUAGCUCAGUGUGGAGGGAACCUGGAGAGACCACAGCCAGGCAGACAGAACUUCCAGACCUGGCUGAUGGAUGGAACAAUUCUGUGUAGGCUCAUCAAUAGCCUGUACCCGCGUGGUAAUGAGCCCAUCAAGAAGAUUCUGGAGACCCAGAUGGCCUUUAAGCAGAUGGAGAAGAUCUCCCAGUUCUUGCAGGCUGCCGAGGUCUACGGAGUAAUGACCACAGACAUCUUCCAGACCGUGGACCUGUGGGAAGGGCAGGACAUGGCCGCGGUGCAGAGAACCCUGAUGGCCCUAGGAAGUGUUGCCCUCACCAAGGACGACGGACAUUACCGUGGCGACCGAGACUGGUUCCACAGGAAAGCUCAGGGUUACCGGCGGGAGUUCUCUGAGGACCAGCUUCGUCAGGGCCAGAGUCUGAUUGGUCUACAGAUGGGCAGCAACCGCGGGGCCUCUCAGUCCGGCAUGACGGGCUACGGAUCGCACCGACAGAUCAUGUAGAGACACCAGCCAGCCGCUCAGCCAGCUGCUAGCCACUCCCUCAGCCUGGUGGUGUACUCCAGUUACUGGACCUCCAGAAGAGAGCUCCACCACACCUCCUGAACCUCAUGAAAUGACCCAACCACUUUUCCCCCUUCCCCAGCAGCACAAGCCAUUCUCUCACACACACAAACACAUACACAUACAUACACAUACACAUUCACACACAUAUACACACACACACACAUUUCUACUGUUCGCCCCCAACCCAAACAGUGUUCCUUAUACCCCAACCACACCAUGAUUCCUACAGACGUCAGUGGUUUCUGCUUACCCCAUCCCCGCUCUCCAGUCCUCCUUGGUCCUGCUCUCUCCAUCCAUAUGGUCCUGCUAGCCAUUCCCUUCAGUGGAUGAAGUCUUAGUAAUUCAGUCGAUACAGAGAACCCAAGAUUGGAGUCGUCCUUCUACAAAACAAGCAAAUAGUAUUUUACACUACUACCAAAUAUAACAGCAAGACAACAUUAUAGCAUGUUACAUAUUUAAAUUAUUUAACUCUUUGUUUGUUUGUUUGUUUGUACAGUAGAUGUGUCCGAGUCAUUGUAUGGUCAUGGAGGGUUUGCUUUACCUCAUGAUGUUUCAUGUAUAACCGAAUGGAAUCAAUGAGCGAUGAUGCCUCUGCUGUCUUGUGUGAACAUGUGAAGACUUUGCAGUAACUUCUGUAACCAAAUGACCAUCACGUUGUUCCUGGUUAAUACAGUAAAGGGACCUUAAACUAUGCCUUGUAUAAGAAAUGUAACCCACCCUAAUGCAGAGGAAUUCAUAGGCCUAAACUUAGUUCAGUUUUUUUUUACUAACGUUCUGUGCGGAACUAGAAGCACAAGCAUUUCUCUACACUUGCAAUAACAUCUGUUAACCAUGUGUAUGUGACCAAUACAUUUGAUUUGAUUUGAUUUGAUUUAUAACAUAUGUAUAAUUAUAAUGUAUGUAACGUACAUCUAUGUGUCCAUGUGUGUUUGAGCCAAUCCCAUGAUUGUUAAAGAGCCACCUUGUAUGAAAGUGACACUGGGAUCAUUCUGUUCCUGGCCUGAUAUUGCUUCUAUUCUUUUUCUAAUCUGUGAAAUAUACUAAAGUCAUUGCUCUUGAACAUCUUUA